AUGGGAGCAGAAUACUUUAUUGGUAUCGAUGUCGGUACAGGAUCAGCAAGAUCAGCUUUAUUAUCAACCAGCGGUGAUAUUAUUGCUGAAUCAACUUACAACACACAUACUUGGAGAGACGCGAACGACGCCAACAUCUUUGAGCAAUCAUCUGCCAACAUCUGGGGUAAUAUCAGUCAAUCUGUCAGGGAUGUCGUCAAACAAGCUCAAAUUCCAAAAGAAGCUGUAAAGGGUAUUGCUUUUGAUGCUACAUGCUCAUUGGCAGUUACCGACCGAGACGGUAACCCAAUAACUGUAUCCAAUAAUGAUAAGCUUGGUAAAUCCGGCGAAAGAAACAUUAUCUUAUGGGCAGAUCAUAGAGCUGAAAAGGAAGCCAACCUGAUCAACUCAACAGGUGCAAUGCCUUUACAAUUCGUCGGUGGUACCGUAAGCUUGGAAAUGGAGAUACCAAAGACUUUAUGGCUCAAAAACCACAUGGAUCCUGAAGAUUUUAGAAGGUGUAUGUUCUUUGAUUUACCUGAUUGGUUGUCAUACAGAGCAACUCGCUCAUUAGCAAGAUCUAACAACUCACUUGGUUCUAAAUUCACUUACGUAACACCUUCAAUUUCUGGUGCCUAUCCAUCUGGAUGGGAUCCAAAGUUUUUGGAGCAGAUUGGCCUCGGUGACCUCGUUCAUCAAGACUUUAUUCCAAUUGGUGGUGCACCAAACAAGAACGGUCUUGUCUUAACUGGUGGAUUACCUGUUGGCAAGGGUUUGACAAAGGAAGCUGCCGAGGAGUUGGGCUUAGCUGAAGGCACAGCAGUUGGAAGCUCAGUUAUCGAUGCCUAUGCUGGAUGGAUUGGUACAGUUGCUGCCAAGUCGGCUAAAAAGGGCGAAGAUUUACCAAAAGACGCUGUCGCCUUUGAGGAGUGUGCACACAGAUUAGCUGCUUGUGCAGGUACAUCCACAUGUCACAUUGUACAAUCACCAGAAGGUGUAUUCGUUCAAGGUGUCUGGGGACCUUACAAAAAUGCAGUCUUCCCAGGCUGGUGGAUGAAUGAGGGAGGCCAGUCAUCCACGGGACAACUUAUAGAUUUUAUUUUGAAAACACACGUCGCUUAUCCCGAAUUAGAGAAGGUUGCAAAUGAAAGAAAGACAAACAUCUUUACCAUACUCGGAGAAUUAUUGGAGAAAGCAAGGGUAGAAGAAGGUGUAGAGACGGUUAACCAAAUAAACAGAAACAUGCACUUCUACCCAGAUUUGCACGGUAAUAGAUCACCAUUGGCUGACUCAAGAAUGAGAGGUAUGAUAACUGGGUUGGGAUUAGACGGAACGUUAGGAGACUUGGCUAGAAAGUUUCAACUUACACUUGAAGCUAUUGCGUUACAAACUCGUCACAUAGUCGAUCAAAUGAAUGAAUCAGGACACAAGGUGAACUCAAUCUAUAUGUCAGGUGGACAAGUAAAGAAUAGGGCAUUAAUGCAAUUAAUUGCGGACGUUUGUCAAAUGCCAUUAAUCUUACCUGCAUCAGCAUCUGGACCAGUCGUUGCUGGAUGUGCAAUCCUUGGAAGGUAUGCAUAUGAAUUAUCGCAAAUGAAGGAUUUCGAUGAGAUCGCUAAGCAACAGCAAGCGGAGCAAACUGGAGAGAAUAACAAGAGAAGGUUAUGGCAAUUGAUGACGGAAAUGACAAAGCCUGGUGAAACAAUCGAACCAAACUGUCCUAAGAAGGAUAGCUUGUUGCUUGGUGCAAAAUACAAAAUCUUCAGAGAAUCGAUUGACAUUCAAAGAAGAUGGAGAAAAGAGGUUGAAGAUGCUAUUAAAGAGUGA